AUGUGUGUGAUUUACAUAUUAUACUGGCUCUGUCUCGUCUUUAUCGUCCUAUCGACUGGCACACCAAAUAUUAUUGUGGAAGCCAUUUCAGGAGGACUUUCUGCAUCAAUUCAUUUAAGCGAAGAAACCUCAGCAAGUUUGAUAUCACGCUGGACUUUUUCAUGGGUAGGCUCUGUUAUUUGGAAAGCCUUUAGAGCUCAUCUGAGUACUUCUGACCUGCACGAGCUUAACUGGGAUGACACAGCCAGAAUUACAAGUCGGCUAUUCAGUAAAGUCACGCCUGCAACACUGAAACUUGUUUGGAGACUCUAUCACUUUACAAAACAUGACUUGUUUAAUCAGGGUGCGUGGGCAGUUCUCUUUAGCUUAACCAGCUUCUGCCCGGCGUUUCUCCUUCGAUACAUUCUUGAUUACCUUGAUUCGCCAAGCACCAUGUCCCAAAACAAUGCCUGGCUUUGUGUUGGGGGGCUUCUGGUUGCUGGAAUCGUGACGGGUAUUGCAGAUUGUCAGUGUGAAUGGCUCGGUCGCAAAAUCAGUGUAAGACUGCGGGCUAUCCUGAUCGACCAGAUAUUUUCGAAAGUACUCAAAAAAAGGAUCUCAAGGCCUACAAAAUCAUCAUCGGAGGAAGGCGAUUCUUCUGAGGACAUUCAUGCUACCGAUGGAACAAUUCUCAAUUUAAUGGCCGUAGAUGCGGCUAAUGUUUCGGUCGCAUCUCUAUCGCUGUAUAGCAUACUGGGUUCUAGUGGCAUUCUUGGCGUGAUGCUAAUGAUUGCUCUUCUGCCACUAAAUGUUUUGGUCUCAAAACGCCAGGUAGCAGCGCAAAUGAAAGUGCUGAGCGCAGCCGAUGCUCGUGUUCAAGCAAGCAACGAACUCAUUACCAACAUCCGCGUCAUCAAACUUUGCGCUUGGGAAGAGGAAUUUCGGAGAAAAAUUCGCCUGUUGCGAACGACUGAGCUCUCGGAGCUGCGGGUUCGUUUUUUCUGGUGGUCGAUAUCCAUGACUGUAUUCUAUUCCUUGCCUUUCAUCACUACAAUUCUAACGUUGUUUAUCUAUACGAUUGUCGAAAAACAAAAGUUAGAAACCAAAGUCGCCUUCCCUGCCCUAGCCAUCUUCGCAGUCUUACGCAUUCCAUUGGAUAGAAUGUCGUCCAUGAUAUCGUUCAUUCUUCAGGCACAGGUCUCCAUCGGCCGGAUUGAGAAGUUCUUGAAAGAGAAAGAGACCAGCCGAGAAGAACAGUUAAUGGGAAGUGAUGCGCGAAUGAUUGGCUUCGAUAAUGCUACCCUUGAAUGGUCAGUCCAAGACGUUGUGGGUAUCGGUGCCGGAGAAGACAUUCAACCAGCUGAAAAUCCGCCUACGCACGAAUUUCGUUUAUCAAAUCUUGAAAUAAAAUUUCACAAGAAUGGCCUCAAUCUAGUUUGCGGCCCCAGUGGAUCAGGAAAGUCGUCACUGCUGCUAGCGCUGUUGGGGGAGAUGGAACUCCUGCGAGGCCGUGUACAUCUACCGCUUGCAGAGCAGCCGAUCGGCGAUGAUACUUCAAUCAGCGAUGUAGCAUACUGUCCACAAGAGCCCUGGAUAAUGAACCAGACUAUUCGAGCUAAUAUCUUGUUUGGGCUGCACUUCCAAAGUCACCGUUACAAGAUGGUCCUUGAUGCUGUGGCCCUAAGCCGCGACCUCGCGGUAUUUGAGAACGGCGAUCUUGCUAUUGCGGGUCCCUUGAUGGAAGGCAGAACAUGUAUUCUUGCGACACAUCAUUCUCAACUUGUUCUCCCUUAUUGCGACUAUGCGGUCUUCCUGGAGAAUGGCAUCGUAAAGCGGCAAGGAACUGCUUCAGAGCUUAUGCAAUUAGAUUUCACUGGGGAGAACACGCUGGCUGUAAUAGCGAAACACGGGUUCAGGCCGAUAGACUUUACACAUCACCCACAAAUAGUUGCAUCUCCUUUACUUUCGCUCGGAGCCUCUGAAACAGACUCGUCAGACAGCUGGAUUGGAAAUAUAAAUGUAGUCUCAGAGACUAAAGAUGAAUCGAUAUACAGCGAAGAUCAGAUGACAGGAGCUGUUUCUCUGUCUGUGAUAAGAGUCUACCUCAAAUCUAUGGGGGGGCGGUGGUUUUGGGCAGUUGUGUUCUUUGCAUUUGGUCUUCAGCAAAUUACAUCUCUCGGAACAAACCUCUGGAUCAAGGUAUGGGCUCACGAGUUCGACGAGGCAGAGGAAACGUCACCAAUGUCUCAUGUGAAAUCUGUUUACUACCUUGCAGUGUAUGGUCUCAUCUGCGUGGCAUACGUACUUGUCUCAUUUGUUCGCGAUCUCACGACAUUCUCUGGAGCACUCAAAGCCUCAGCUCAAAUAUUCGACCGCUUACUAGACUCAAUUAUUCAUGCGCCCCUAAUAUUCUUUGACAAGAUUCCGUUUGGUCAAAUCACGAAUCGUUUCUCCAGAGAUGUGGAAGCAGUUGACCAAGAAGUGGCUCCUCACUCGAUGAGCACAUUUUUUACAUUCUGUUCGCUGAGCACAGUUAUUAUACUAAUUUCUAUUACGAUACCUCUAUUUAUUCCCGCAGCAGUCAUAAUUUGCUUGGCCUAUUAUAUCAUCACUCUUAUAUACAUCAACAGUGCACGGGAUCUGAAAAGAAUUGAGUCUGUUCAAAGAUCUCCACUGUAUCAGCACUUUGGAGAGGCACUUGCGGGAUAUGUCAGCGUGCGUGCGUAUGGACACGCAAAUCGAUUUACAGAAGAAAAUCACGUCUUCAUCGACGGAUACAAUCAACCUUACGUUCUGAAUUGGGCGGCUAAAGAAUGGCUGACAUUACGCAUCGCUUCUCUGAGCGCUCUAAUUUCUUGGCUCACAGGAACUUUCUUGCUUUGGGGUUUGGGUAGAGGAACUGUGAAUGCAGGGAUUGCUGGCCUUGUACUCACUUACGCUGCCACUUUCAGUGAUAAUGUGCUUUGGUUUGUCCAAUUAUAUGCGAUAGUUCAGCAGAGCUUUAACUCAGUCGAGCGGAUUGUGGAAUACACAGAGAUCAAGCGUGAGCCGAGUGAACCACUCGAGCCAUCGUCCUACGACCUGUCACCACAGUGGCCUAUCCACGGCCAUGUGCGUUUCCAAGGAUAUACUGCACGGUAUGCUCCGGAGCUCAGUCCAGCUCUGUUUGAUUUAAAUCUCGAUAUGCAUGGUGGACAACGAGUAGCGGUGGUCGGGCGUACCGGGGCGGGCAAAAGUACAUUGGCGCUGGCCCUUAUUCGAGCAGUGGAAGCUGACACCGGCCGCAUCACGAUUGAUGGCAUAAGUAUUGCCUCAGUGAACUUGGUGCGUUUACGACGCGCAGUAACUGUGGUACCACAAGAUCCUACUCUUUUUGGAGGCAGCUUGCGCCAUAAUCUGGAUCCGUUGAACCAUUAUUCGGACGAUGAUAUUCAUGAUGUGCUACGAAGGUUACAGUUCUUCCAAUCUCUACCCUCUGGAGAUCUAGACCAUCCGGCUGCGGCCUUAUCAAUGGGCCAACGCCAAUUGGUUUGCAUCGCGCGGGCACUGCUCCGUCGCUCUCGGAUUCUCAUUCUCGAUGAAGCCACGGCAUCCAUUGAUCAUGCCACGGAUGCUUUGAUCCAGGCAGGGCUGCGAUCUAGUAUUGCGGAUGGAAUAACUGUUUUAACCAUCGCCCAUCGCCUCCUGACUAUUGCAGAUUAUGAUCGUGUGAUGGUCUUGGAUUCUGGUCGGAUUGUAGAACAGGGAUCCGUCGCUGAGCUUUUCCAAAAGCGAGGCGAUGGUGCCUUCUUUCGGCAACUAUGCGAGCAAUCAGGGGAUUUGGCUCACAUUGAGCGAAUUGUACGGGGCUUAUGA